AACAACGGUCAAAAAGCAAAAUGGACGUAAACUGUUCACUGAACUCGUUACUUGAAUGUCAUUAAAUUGUUAUUUCUUGUCCUCCCUGCUGGCUUUGCAUGAUGAUUUUACAAUUAUUUGAUGGUUAAAGUUCUUCCAAGCCGAUCAAGUAUACUAAUUGUUAAAGAAUUUUCAUUUGAAUAUUCAAGUUCAUUAGUGUGUCAUAAUGUAAGGUCGCGUAUUAAAAAGUGAAUUCACAAUUAUGAGUACAUCUAUAAAAGGCUACAUGGAUACAACAAAUGGAGGAAACACUACUAAAAGUAGUGUGGACAAGGGAAAAGAAUGGCAAAUGGAAUUGUUAAUGGAAAAAUUGCGUUCUAAGGCAACUUGUUGUUCACUUGUUGAAACUGCAAAAAGUUUACGAAGUACUAUCUUGGAAAAACGAUUUGUAAUAGACAGUGUUGAAAAAUUACAACUUCAAAAAUGUCUCGACAGUUUACAACAUUCCAUAAAAGUGACUUCCUUCCAAUCAAUGGUAGAACGUUUGGAAAGUCUCACAAGACAAUUAGGUUUAAAGUUCAUGAUGUCUGAUGAAUUAUUUAUAUCCUCGGAUAUGUUUUUUCUGGAAGUCAUACUUGAACCUUCGGGUGCUGUAAAAAAUGUAAAAAUUCAUCAUGAGGGAAAAAAUGAGCAGCAGAAUUGUGAAGAGCUCGUUGCUUGUUUAUCGAAAGGUGAUUUUGUCGAUUUUACAACACAAUUAGAGGGACUUGUUUCAAUUUAUCAAUUAAACGCUGAUAAAAAAGUAAAGUGUAAAGCAUUUAGUGCUUUACAAUCCCUUGAAGCAGACUUGGGUGUUCUCGCGCAAUUGCAAACUUUUAUAAAAGAACCAUUUAAUCUUGUACACAAAAGUCCAGUUGGAAUUUUAGAGAGAAGAAAAGGUGGACAUGCCAUGAAAUUAACAUAUUUUGUGUCGCCGUAUGAUUUAAUUGACCAAGAAAAUCAAAGUUCCGAAUUAUUAAGCAUAGAAACAGUAAUAACAAAAAAAAUUGGUUACUCGGUUACCGUUUGCCUGGAAGGUUCCACAGCCCAUAAAUUACCUACAUCAAGUAUCAUUACAGUUAGUAGAAGUUCCAGUGGAAAAAGCACACCAUCAUACGCUAUUUUAACGAGUACGAAUUCUGCGAUACUGCCAGCGUGUUUUGUUUUGAAACUAGAUAAAAAAAUGCCAAUGUGCUUGGAGUUGUUACAUAAAAUUCAGAAAGUAACAGAGCUUGAAUGUGGAGACAUUUCUGUUUGUCAUCCCCUUUUGAGCAUGAUUGUUCAACAUACGAGUAAUGGUCAGUUGGACUGUCAGAAUAAUCGCGGCUUAUACGUGUCGCUGCCAGACCAGCACCAUUGUUACUUUAUGACGGAGAACAAAGACAUGGAGGGAGUACUGGUUGGCAGUAUUCCAUUUACGCAUCCUGCUCACGUGCCACAAAUUCUCGUCUAUUUACGUCAACAGGCUCUAUUCAAUACUCUUAUUUCGAGUUGCGUGAGAUCUAUAGCACGUCAAGAUCCCGAGCACACGACCAUCUUCGAAGUGAGCGCUCUUUCUUGGCAAUCUAUAUCAGUGAGUUUGGAGCAUCCUUUCGAAGAGACAAUGGCAACUGCUCUAUUAGAUUUGACAGAUAUUUCCGCUCUGAAAUGCAAACUGUAUGGAGUGAGUCUUGGAAAUACCGAACAAACCUCUGAAGUGACAGGAAAAGUUUUACAACGAUGCCUCAGCAUUCCACUGACAAUGAGAACUCUGAUUAAAAUUUGGGAAGGUCGGAGUUCGUUAGGUAACAAUUUAACAGGCGGUGGUAAUGGGAACUUUAAUAUGAAUCUCGGUGCUCCAGGUCGAGAUCAAAAUGGCCACAACGGUCCCGGGAUACCGGAUUUUGGAAGUGAUGAUGUGCAAAUCAAGCAAGAGCCAGGAGCAAUGAAUGGAUCAGGAACAAUUGGAAGACAACAACAAAAUCAACAGCAACAGCAGCAACAACAACAACAACAACAGCAGCAGUCUUUUUUAGAUGCCGGAACGGAGAGUAGUAUCGGAUUUCCGUCCUUUUCCGGCCAGUCCGAUACAACCACUACAGCAAUGCUAAAUCCAUUACAACUGGGUGCUCUUCUUGGUCAAGCGAAAAUGUCAAGUUCGUCAAAUCCCUCAAGUGAACGAUCAAAAAAGUCCCGUAAGAGAAAAACUGCCGAUGGGUCGUGGAGAAGUCCGAAAAGGAAAGCUGAAGAUACUGGUGAAAUAUUACUGGAAAGUUCGAGCUCCGAUUCUACUCCACUCGGCACACCGACAAGCAGUCGAGACUACGCGAAUGAAGCGCGAACUCCAACUCCAACGUCCACCAUCAACCUAUCGGGUGGAUUAGAAAUUUCCAAUAUCGAAUCAUCGGAUAUUAUAGGAACUGACAAGAGUUCAGAUUAUGACGCGGAGACCGAGAACGAUGUGAUGGAAAUUCAGGAGGUGCAAAAUGUCGAAGAUGUUUUAAAAAAGGAGAGAAAAUCAAAGAAACGUGAAGAGAAGAAGAGUCCAACGAGCUCGUUUGAAGAGAGCAAAAAUUUGGUACCACCAUCCGUGAGCAUAACUCCAAUCACAAGCAGCGGAAUCGGUCAAUCUAAUUACAGCUCCGUGCUCACUGGAAUGGGACUCGAGAGACGUCCAGGAAUUGAAAUCAUUCCUAUUACUUCAACACCGCAAGCAAAUCUUCCGAGUUCCAUUACAAUCACGCCAAUUACCGGGCCAACAACGAAAGCUUCAAUUGAGGACAGGCGAGAACGUAAGAGUUCAAAAAACCGGUCAGGUACCGACGAUGGGAAAAGUAAGCUGGAAAAAAAGAAGAAGAGGAAACGGGAAGAAAGUCCAAUGGGACCACCGGACAAAUUCCCCCCAAAGCAACAACAACAGCAGCAGCAACCGCAACAGCAGCAACAACAACAGGAUCCUCUUUCAAAACCCGUGUCUGUUAGUAUAAAACCAACAGAAUCACCACCAGGAAGUCUAAAUUCAUCUAGACCCUCAUCUCCAGCUACAACACUGAGAAAAUUUAGUCCCUCUCCCACACACACGAGCCCCCUAGCCCUCGUCGGUAAGUCCAGUCCCACUUUGAAGCAGCCCUCCAACAAACCAGUCCAGAGCCCCAAACACUCGCCCGUCUACAGCAGUCCCAAGCACGUGUCAGUCAUGCCAGCGAGUGUCAGUCCGAAGCACGGGACGUCGUCUCCAAAGCACGCGAGUUCGGGAAGCGCCGGCAAACCCAGCAUGUCGGCCUUGAAGUCCGCCGCCAGUUCACCGUCCAGCGGGAAAAGCGACAUUGGCACUCCCUCCAAGUGCAAGUCUUCGUCAUCCUCCUCGUCAUCCAGCAAAGAGUCCUCACGCGACAAAGACCGCAAAGCCUCUUUGACAUUCUCUUCCGGUCAUCAAAGUCCGAAAUCGAAAUCCUCGUGUGGCAAGCCAAAACAAUUGGAGUCCCUCUCGAGUGGCGAGUCUAGUCAACAAGCGCAGAGCAGCAGUUCCGGAUGCGGCAGCACAACACCGCCUUCCGAACUAAGCAAAUCCGCCACCGCUCAACAGCAAGCGAGAAACCGAAAAGGAUCCUUGAGCGCCGUAAUCGACAAACUAAAAAACGCCCAGCACUGCACCGACGACGCCUCCAACGGCAAUUCAAAAAUCUCCGUCACCUCCAGUGGAUCCUCCGGGCAGAAGGAGCGCGGACUCACUUCCUCGAAUAAAAUGAGCGUCGAGGGCAAAUGCGCCAGCAAAAACAAUCCAUCGGUAGACUCGAAAAAUCCCGCAGAAUACAUGGUUAAGCACAGUUCCGACGGCAUGAAGAUUACAAUCAACAAAACUCGAACGAAAGACUCGAAAACAUCAACAUCGUCGUCGUCGUCAUCAUCGUCGUCCUCGGGCAGUGGUUCGCCCAAGACACACACAGGCUUGAAACCAGGCGUCACAUCUGGUCCAGCUUCCAAGAAACCAACGCAAACUUCACCCAAAGUCCACAUCUCAUCUCCAUUAACCUGCGGAUCCGGUACAAACAAGAUGCUACCAAGUCAGAAGUUCCCCGGAAUGAUGAAAUCCAGUUCGACUUCUAAUCUAUCAUCCAGCAGCUCGCUGACAAAGAGCACGUCCAUCAAGUCUUCCUCGUCGUCUUCCAAUACCGGCUCGCCCAAGACAUCCAGCUCAGGUGCCACGGACCUCAGCAGAUCGCGAGACAAAUCCCGAUUUCCAAAAUCCACCGAAAAGAGUAUAUUCAGCUCGAAGAGUGGCGACAUCCGCAAGGCAAAUCCCACGUCCCUUCGGGAGGAGUGCGACUCCGAGCGGGCCUUCAAAUUACUCGCCCACGCGUCAAUGUCAAGUCUUCAGAAUCUUCCUGGAAUUCCGCCUCAAUUGCUCGGCGUGGAGGGUCUCAUGAAACAGCUCGACACGAACUUUCAAAUUCCAAAACUGUCGGCCCGACACAACUCAGAGGACAGACGAACUUCGGCGGCCGCUGAGAAACUAACCACUCAAAUACCCGAUUCAAACUCGAAGACCGGAAUCGAUAGCAAAGCUUCUGAUCAGAUGGCCAGGUCAUCGCAAUUAGGUUCAAAUCCUCUAUCAAUGGCCAGUGCUAAGUCCGAGGAGUCUUUGAAUGCGCCGGUCAAUUUCGGCAGUGGCUCAAGUUCUUCAAGUCUCAUUCUCUCGCAGUCGCAGGGCGACAGUGACGUCCCGACGAAUCUCUCGAUGCAGUCCGAGGACACCGGUCAGGCCAAGUCCGAUCUGAUGAAUCGCUCCUUUCUGAACAGCUCCAGUGUUGACAGCACGAAAGACGACUCCGGCGUCGUGAUGGUCGUUCUUCCGAAACUCGGCGACUCACAUCCUCUCGGGAAGCAGGCCUACAGUGGAGUGAUGAACGUUUGCGACGGCGUCAACGUCGGCAGCACUUCCGAAAGUCUCAAUCUAAGCACGAAACCACUGGACGCCGCCAUGAAUAAGUAUACGAAAUUCGAUGACAAAGAAGCACAGCAGCCAUUUCAACUCUCGAGUGUGAUGCACAACGACUCGUCGUCGACGACAACAGCGGCAGGAACAGGUGGAUCGAACUCCCAGGAGGCGACGGAAAUGCUGCUCGACUUCUCGGCGCCGAAGGACGGCCACAAGGGCUCGGCGCCCUUCGUCAGGAACACGCCGCCGCCGCCACCACCUCCUCUAUCGCCGCCUCCUCCUCCACCACCUCCACCUCCUCCGCCGCCACCAUCGCUGCAGCAAGGACAAAUGUUGCCUAUGUCCUCGUCCGUGCCGGGCCUGGCAGCCUCAGCUGUGUCGUCGACCACCAACUUCCCACCGAGUCCGUCGGUGAGCCUCCACAUCGUCAAGAGCCCCGCUCCUUCGCCUCGCGUCAUUCCACCCUCGCCGCAUUCAGCAUCGCCUUGCAUCACUGACGACGAAUUGAUGGACGAAGCGGUCGUGGGGAUGGGCAAAUGAAGCCUACUCAAAUUUAGCCACUCAAUUUCUUCCGUUCACGUUUCAUCAAAACUCGACGCUUUUAAUUUUAUUCAUCUUCUUCUUCUUCAACAACAACAACACACCUAGGUACAAUCAAAAAAUUCAUUUUCUAAAAGCUGAUUAAGGAGAGACACCACCUUUAUUUUGACCUCUUUGAGGACUAAGCACAACUGUUUCGUGAACGGCGUUCGCGAACGCAAAAAAUGAAUUAAAAAAGGACAGAAAUAUAUUUGUGUCCUUUCUAUCUCAUGCGUCUCGUUCGCGAACGACUUUCGCGAAUCUAUUGUUCGUUGGCCUUUAAAAUUAAGGAAAAUGGUGACGCCAUACAUAACCUCAAACCUAAAAUAUUCUAAAAAUUGUUUCUACAUCAAAUAAAAAUAUAACAAAAAUUAAUUUGAUUAAACUUUGAAUGAUUUAGUUAUAAAAUGUUAAGAAAACAUUUAUAUUGAUUUAAAAUAUUUUUACAAAUAAUGUUUUUUUAACAAUUACAUUUUUUUCAGAAAGAUAGCAAUUUUUACCCAAAUUUGCUAACAAUAGCUCAUUUUACUCGUUUAAUGUUGUUGAAAAUUAGUUAUUAAAAAAUAGUUUAAAAAAUAAAAUUUAAAUUGUUUAUAUUUUUUAAACACCAAUAUUUUCAACAAUAUUAAAAAAAAUUACGAUUAUAGAUGAUUCAACGAGUAAAAUGAGCUAUUGUUAGUUAAAUUUGGAUAAAAAUUGUAAUUUUUCUCUGAAGCUGAAAGAAAGAAUACAAAAUGUUAAAAAAUCAUUAUUUUUUUGUGGAAAUAUUUUAAUUUUUAACCCAAAAUAAAUAUUUUGCAACUAAAUCUUUCUGGGUGUGAUAAAAUUAAUUGAUUAAUUUUCAUUAUAGUUUUUGUUGUUGUGAAAAUAAUUUCGAGAAUAUUUUGGUUUUUUUAUGGUGUCACUAUCCUCCUUAAAUUGUAUAAUAUUUACUAUUUACUUUAAAACUAUUUUACAAGUUUCUAUAAAAUUCUAAACAAAACUGUAAAUAUCUAUAC